AGGGGCAAAAAGGCCGUGGAAUUGUUUGCACUCUGGGAGGUGGAUCUGUGUGCAGAGCACUCCUUCACUGUGUGACGAGCGACGCCUCUUCAAGAAGAUCGGAAAGCCAGGGACCGCCAAAGCACGGUACAAUCUGAGCAGCAGAGCACCGUCGAUGGCACUGAAGGCGACGACACCAUACCCCGAACGAGAAGACCGAGAGGCACCGAGGGCGCCCCAAGAGGUUUGAGCUACCUGGACAACACCGGGCGCAUCACCAACAUCAAGAACUUCAAAGCUUGGGCGCAGAAUGUCAGAGGCGACCAGGAUCAGGUGAGGACAAAGGAAAUGGGUGAUAUGGGUGGGACAGGGCGACGCUCACCGUUGUGUGUUUGCUUGUAUGCAGAUCUCGAAUCUGGUCACGGCGGAGCGAGGCAGGGGAGGAGGGAGACGAGGAUAGUAAGUCCCGUCUGCCAUUCCGGCGGGCCUUUCCCUGGUACGCACGAACAAGAGAGAAAACCCAGUGAGAGAAUGGACGGGCAGACAUGACGGACGGGUGAGGGCCUGGCACCAUACACGUGCUGCGUCUUUUCUUUGUUGUGUUCCAGUGACACGUUUGAUCCGCUCAGGGUACUACGCGUUCGACGCCCACACGAGAUGUGUCAGCGAGACGGGAGAGGGACAUGAUGGGGGGCCGCUGGGGACGACCUGGCGAUGCGUGAACAUCUGACUGCGUGUGCGUGCACGCUGGCUGGCGGUGUCCGCUGGUGUAGGAAUGAGAGAGAACAAAUCCAAUGAGACAUGGGGGCCUUUCGCAUUGUCUGUGUCUCCUUUAUCAGGCGCCCGAAUCGCUGCCUUCAUUUUAUAUCGGCUGAGAGUGUAGAGAAGCGACGGACGUGUUGAGCGUGUUUCGUUUCCAUCAUCAAUUUGAUGGCGGAGACACACGUAUCCGAUAUCUUGAGCACGAAGUGGACCGUGAGCACACACACGAUACACAACAUACACAUGGAGAUACUAACCUUUCCCUCUUUGUGUAUCUGGUGUAUGUGGUUCCUUUCUGUCUGUCAGUAUGAGUGGCUGUGCAUCCACACACUCAUCCCCAUCUGGGCCCCCCAGCUGUGCCCCGAGCUGCGCACUCCGCUGCACGUGUGGACCAAGUGCCGCAUCGUGCCCAUCUGCCGCCUCAUCCAGGCCGCACCCGGCCAGCCGCUCAUCAACAACGGGGCCGUGAGCCUCUACCACUAA